AUGGCGGGUCUCGGCGCGCGGGGCGGCAGCGAACCUCUAGGCAGUGAGCUCCACGGAGCAGGCGCCGCGGAGGGAGGGGCGGGGUCCUUAGACGUGCGCACGCAGCCAAUCGGCGGUCACGCAGCGGUCGGCUCCGAAGCUCAGCGACGCCGUCCUCCGGUGGGCGGAAGUGACGGAAGGUCGCGUCAGGCGCUCGGUAGGGUGAGCGAGAAGGGACAUAAGCACCGUGAGCGACCUGUGCGCGAGGAGGCGCUGUGGGGACUGAGGCACAGCCCCUCUGAGGAAAGCCGGGAUUUGACGUUUCGAUGCCUGCCGAGCCGCGGCUCGUCCCCCGGAGCGACAGGUAGAAGUGGCAGCAUCCUGCUCCGCCUACUAAGCCGGGUCCUCCGGAAGCCCUGGGCUGCCCCGCUGGUGUUACCUUCUGUGCAUUCUCUCCUAAACCUGCACGUUAUUCACGACUUUGUUCCCGAAGUUAAUUCACCCACCGUCAUGACUAUGGACAAAAGUAAACAAGUAAAUAAAGUUCCCUCGCCUGGCGAUGGUGCAAGCCUAUCUACCUGCUGGAGGAUGGAAUCAGGCAAACUUAUGAAGGUUGGAAGGAUCUGGAAUCCUGCCGUGUACCUCAAGGUGAUCAACAACUUAGAGGUUAAGACCCACUGGAAACCCAGUCUGUGCAUCAGGUUUCUCCUGAAGCUGGGCUGGGUUGGAAUGUGCACACCUGGCUCGACCAAAAGAGGCGCAGCUUAGGGGCGGCUUGGACCCAGCUCACGUCUGAACUUGGCAGCUUUCCUGAGCCUGCCUAGGAAAGCGGGCUGGAGUGCAGGCGCCCCAGGGCUCUCUGGAGAAGCAGCAGCAGCAGCAGCACUACGCCUGGCUCUGGUGCCUCAUUUCCUUGGAGAGGACGCCUGAAGGAAUAGCACUCAGCAGAGUACAGGCCCUGUAACAGUGCAGUGCAGCGACAUCAGCUGGCGUCUUUCUGCUGAGGACCUCUGGACAGAUGAGCCUGGUGCUUGGCAGUGAUCCGUACAUAGAUAACCCUCGGUGUGAAAGGGAAGUGAACCCGGAACCUGGGACAGCUGGC